CGAAAACCGUCGUUUGGGUUGCUGACAGAUCCAUGGCUUUGACCGACGUCGAGAAUGCCACACUGCGGUUGUCGGCACAGGGGAGCAUUGAGGUCUACGACGGUGCCGUCCCAACUUCGAAGCGCAUGUGGAUGUCCAACACUGCAGACCUGAAUGUGACCAGUGCCAUCAUUCUGGACACGGGCUACUAAACUCAGGCAUGGGGAGUGGUUUGGCAGAGCUUCGACUAUCCCACAGACACGCUCUUGCCUAACCAAACUUUCCGAGCAAACACAGAGUACAACACCAUCGCCGCGUGGCAAAACGACGGCGACUGGACUCCUGGAAAGUAUAUCCUCGGAUGGACUUCUAUGAAUACAAUUUACGCAACCUGGCUGAACCCGUAUCCUUGGGACGUCGACAAAUCGAAAAACAUAUACUGGCAAAAUAAUACGCAGUUUUCUGAAAUCAAGCUGACACCGGAAGGAGAAAUCCGAAGACUUGACGGACAGGGGCAGUGGGUUCUCCAGGUGCCUGGUCAACUUCUUCGAUUGACGCUUGAUAAGGAUGGCAACAUUCGCUUGUACAGCUGGACAGUCCAUAACGCAAACUGGACGAUUGUAUGGAAACUAAUGGAUUCAGAAUGCUCCAUUUCAGGGUAUUGCGGUCCCUACGCAGUUUGUGAUCGGGGGGAGUGUUCUUGCCUCGAUGAAUUUGAGCUUGUCGACCGCACAGACCGAAGGCUCGGGUGUCGGGGGAAAACGCCGGCGGCAUAUUGCACCAACAAAGCAGCGCUUCCCGACACUUUCACCCGAGCUUUGAACAAUGACUGGCCACAAAACGACUUGGUCAAGUUUGAAAACGCAAAUCUGUCUUACUGCAAACAGCGUUGUUUUGAAUCUUGCGAGUGUGCAGCCGCUAUAUCCACAAUCCCGAGCAGCGAAGGGCUUGUGGAUGCGUGCUGGCACAAGAGAAGAACCCUUCUGAAUGGCGAAAUUCUCGGCACUCGCGAGGCGUACAUAUGAAUUGCAGCUCCGAGUCUACAGCCUACAGCAGCACC